AUGUGCAGAAGCCUGGCUGAUAAACUCCUGCAAACUGUGGGUACAGUGGGCACAGUGGUCAGUGCUCACUGCCUGCACCAGGGCAUGAAGCUCAGUACGAACCCGGCAGCUCAUCCUGCAGAGCAGAUCUGCAGAGUUCUGGCCCGAGGGAAGCCUGAUUCCAUCGCCUUCUUGUUGGCAGGAGAGGGGGCGUGUGGUUCCUGCAUACAGACACAUACCCCAGGUUUGAGAUUGGCCAACUCUGCGAAUGAGGCAGUGAGCAGGGGCGACUCCAGCUUUUUUGCCUCCCCAAGCACGGCAGGCAGGUGGCCUUCGGCGGCACGUCUGCGGGAGGUCCCCGGUCCCGUGGAUUUGGCGGCACACCUGCGGGAGGUCCCCGGUCCCGUGGAUUUGGCGGCACGCCUGCGGGAGGUCCCCGGUCCCGUGGAUUUGGCGGCACGCCUGCGGGAGGUCCCCGGUCCCGUGGAUUUGGCGGCACGCCUGCGGGAGGUCCCCGGUCCCGUGGAUUUGGCGGCACGCCUGCGGGAGGUCCCCGGUCCCGUGGAUUUGGCGGCACGCCUGCGGGAGGUCCCCGGUCCCGUGGAUUUGGCGGCACGCCUGCGGGAGGUCCCCGGUCCCGUGGAUUUGGCGGCACGCCUGCGGGAGGUCCCCGGUCCCGUGGAUUUGGCGGCACGCCUGCGGGAGGUCCCCGGUCCCGUGGAUUUGGCGGCACGCCUGCGGGAGGUCCCCGGUCCCGUGGAUUUGGCGGCACGCCUGCGGGAGGUCCCCGGUCCCGUGGAUUUGGCGGCACGCCUGCGGGAGGUCCCCGGUCCCGUGGAUUUGGCGGCACGCCUGCGGGAGGUCCCCGGUCCCGUGGAUUUGGCGGCACGCCUGCGGGAGGUCCCCGGUCCCGUGGAUUUGGCGGCACGCCUGCGGGAGGUCCCCGGUCCCGUGGAUUUGGCGGCACGCCUGCGGGAGGUCCCCGGUCCCGUGGAUUUGGCGGCACGCCUGCGGGAGGUCCCCGGUCCCGUGGAUUUGGCGGCACGCCUGCGGGAGGUCCCCGGUCCCGUGGAUUUGGCGGCACGCCUGCGGGAGGUCCCCGGUCCCGUGGAUUUGGCGGCACGCCUGCGGGAGGUCCCCGGUCCCGUGGAUUUGGCGGCAUGCCUGCGGGAGGUCCCCGGUCCCGUGGAUUUGGCGGCAUGCCUGCGGGAGGUCCCCGGUCCCGUGGAUUUGGCGGCAUGCCUGCGGGAGGUCCCCGGUCCCGUGGAUUGGGAGGCAUGCCUGCGGGAGGUCCCCGGUCCCGUGGAUUGGGAGGCAUGCCUGCGGGAGGUCCCCGGUCCCGUGGAUUUGGCGGCAUGUCUGCGGGAGAUCCGCCAGUCCCGCAGCUUCAGCGUACCCGCCGCCGAAUCCGCGGGACCGGCGGACCUCCCGCAGGCAUGCCGCCGAAAGCAGCCUGACUGCCGCCCUCACAGCGACCGGCAGGCCUCCCCACGCAGCUUGCCGCCCCAGGAGUGCUUUCCUGCCGACAAUGCAAAUGCCGCUCGUUGGGGGGUAGAAGUUUUUUGUUGGCAGGAGAGCCGACAAACAGUGGCUCCACUGCGCGUGUGUCAACACAGCCCUGUCGCUAAAAGCUGUGUAGUGUCGACGUAG